AUGGAUUACAUAUGCUUCUUGUAUUUUGUUGUAUUCAUACCAAUUUUGAUCUACUUACUUUCAGCUACAAAAAAUACGGAUACAAAAAAUAUACCGCCUGGUCCCACUCCAAUACCUAUCUUAGGAAACUUAGAAUUUGAUCCAAAACCCCAUGUUGCCUUGGCUAAAUUAGCACAAAUCCAUGGUCCUAUCAUGACUCUUCAAUUAGGUCAAGUAAAAACAAUCGUAUUAUCUUCAGCUGAUUAUGCGAAACAAGCUCUAAAAUCAAACGAUAUUUCUUUUUGUAAAAAACGAGGAUUAUUUGUUUUUGAUGCAGAAAAUUUCAACAAAUAUUCCUUAGUUUGGAUACCAAUCGGACAUCAAUGGCGGCAUACUCGUAAGUUCUGCACCAUCCACAUCUUGUCGACGGCUCGAAUCGUAGCGAACCAACACCUCCGGAGAAAUAAGAUGAACGAUCUGCUUGCGUUCGUAGAAAAUUGCAGUAAAUCAAGUAAGGUAAUAGAUAUAGGUCAAUUAGUGUUUGCUACUUCGCUGAAUCUGUUAUCGACCACCUGUUUUUCCGAAGAUUUAGGCGAUCCCGAUUCGGAAAUUGCGAUUGAUUUUAAGAAGGCUGUAAAAGCGGCAAUGGAAGAAGGAGGGAAGAUUAAUUUUGCUGAUUAUUUCCCUUUUUUGAGGAGAUUUGAUCUGCAAGGUGGGAAACGACGAAUGAGCGUUCAUUUGAGGACGAUGAUUCAGAUUUUUAACGACAUGAUUGAGAAACGGGUUGAAGAAAUUGAACAUAAAUUAGAUUCAACACAAGAUUGUGUUGAUAUUCUUGAUGUUUUGCUGCGGAUAAAUCAUGAUAGUAAAGAUCAUAUUGAACGCUCCAAAAUUCCCUACCUCUUAAUGGAUUUGUUUAUUGGAGGAACGGAUACGACCUCAAGCACGGUAGAGUGGGCAAUGGCAGAGUUACUACAAAACCCGAACUCGAUGAUAAAAUUAAAAGCAGAGCUUGACGAAGUGGUAGGAAAAGAUAAUAUUCUAGAAGAGGCACACUUGGCUAACUUACCAUACAUGACAGCAGUACUGAAAGAGACUUUAAGACUACAUCCUGCAGUGCCACUAUUAGCACCUAGAAAAGUUGAGGCAGAUGUAAAACUUUCCAAUUAUAUUGUACCAAAAGGUUAUGAUCUUUUGGUAAAUGUAUGGGCUAUUUGUAGGGAUCCUAAUACAUGGGAAAACCCAAAUUGUUUCAUUCCAGAGAGAUUUUUAGGGUCUGAAAUUGAUUUUAAAGGACAACACUUUGAAUUACUUCCAUUUGGUGCUGGGCGUCGAAUUUGUCUUGGGUAUCCCUUAGCUAUAAGAUUGAUACCAUUACUGUUGGGUUCACUUAUUCAUGGGUUUCACUGGGAAUUGGAAGGUGGUUUUUCACCUGAAAAGUUGGAUAUGGAGGAGAGAUUUGGAAUUACAUUAACUAAAGCACAGCCACUUCGUGCCAUUCCAAAGAUGUUGUAUUCCACUAGUUAUGUUAAUUGAAUGAUGUAUUAUUUGGGUAUUAUUCAUCAUUCAAACUUAUAACUCAUUUUAUGUAUUGUGUUAUAAAUAAAUUUAUAAACUAGUAACUGUAAGUAUACUUCAAAAUACAAGUUUGUAUUCUUCUUUGUGCAAUGUAUGGAAUGGACUCUCCUUAGCUUUAAUAUGUUGAGCACCAAGAGGACAACUCCGUGAAAAUUGGUUUCUAACGCAUGUAAGUUGCUUGGAAUUCUUGAUAUUUGAUUA